GCGGGCCAAUGGUUUUGGGGUAAACAGUAUUUGCGAUUCUUUUCACAAUAGUUUCCCGUCAGUCGGAAGUUCGUUUUGGUAACGCGCGCAAUGCGACCGCGCGAAACGUGAAACGUCGUGACGAGAAUGUCGAGGAGUGCCCAGGCGAGACGGUUGCUGAAGCGCGUUCUCUGGCUUCUGGUUUCCAGGUGGCCGCCGUUGGUUUGGCCGACAAUGGCGAGCUCGAGGUCGGCAGUCGACGGUGUCGGCGAAACUGAUGGCACGACAGGUGUAACCGGUGGUGGGCCUAGGAAUCCCCUCAUCUGCGGCAUCUGUCACGACUAUUACAACGAGCCUUGUCUGCUAUCCUGUUUUCACACCUUUUGUGCCCGCUGUAUUCGCGGCCCUCACCUUGACGGAAAGGUCUCCUGUCCUAUCUGCGGGUAGAUAACAACGACUGUUAUUGCAUGGCGUCCUUAGGGUGGGUGACGAUCCCAGGCAACAGACGCAGCUGAAAGAUGGGACGCAACUACCACCACCCGAUCAGCUGAUACGUCAACUAGUCGAGUUGGCCAACUCUGAGAAUCCACCAUGUGCCAACUGUGACAAGCGUGACAAGUCUACCAUGUUCUUUUGUACAACAUGUGGACAAGCACUAUGUACACACUGCAGAGAGCACACUCACAGCGCAAAGAUGUUUUCUACGCAUGAUGUGGUGCAUAUGAGCAAAUGUGCCAAGGAUACUCAACGUCGUUGCUCAACCCAUGGAGAACAAUACAUAAUGUACAGCCAGAGCGCCAAGUGCAUGCUCUGUGCUACUUGUUUUCGCGACACUCCGGCGGAGGCUAGGCUCCAUUGCGUGGACAUCGAGAGUGCCUGGCAACAGGCGUCCAAAAAAAUGGAGCGUGCGGUUAAUUCGAUUUGCGAGCUGCAGGCCGGGGUGCGGGACGGAGUAUUGGCUCUGAAAUCACAAUUGGACGAGCUACGACACAGUCUGGACUCGGAGAAAAGGGCACUGAAUUCAUUCUGCCAAGGGAUGCAGGAAGCGAUAACAAAAACUCAUGCCAACGUUUUGACGGACCUUCAACGGCAAUUCGAAACUAAGGAGAGGAUGGUCCGUGGCCAGUUGCUUUCCCUAGGUAGUGCACUUCCCGUACUACAGAUGCAUUUGAUGUUGUGCACCGCCUUCACCAGCGGCGCGACGAAAUAUCAAUUUCUCGAGCUGGCCCAUCCGAUGCUGGAGCGGUUGAGUCGCGUCGCUCAGUUAGGACAUCCGUCGAGACCGCCGUUAAUGACCGCUCACCUCAAGACCAACUUCAGGAACGAGUUCGCUAGGUCUCUGCAACCGUAUGUAGGUCAGACGCAAACCCCGAAAGAGUCGCUGUACGACCAGACUCACGCAACAGGUCAACAGGAUCCAUCCGUGAUUCAGAGCAGCAAAACUACUCAGAGGGCCCCGACGAAAAGCGGAACCGAUUGCGGACCAUUCUCCAAUCACUGCCGGACAUUUGAUACUCAACUAAAGGAAUUGAAUCAACAGCUGCUCGUGGUGAAGGAACGUUUGGGGGAACUUCAUCGCGACGUGGCUGUGUUGCGAAGAGCGAACACUCCUCCAUUGGGAAUGCGUUACGAGAUAGUAGCCAAAGAUUGUCGGUUUCUGGAGCGGCAGUUGGAGCAUCAUCAGAUGGAAUUGGAACGGCUUAGAAAUGUCUUCGACGCCUUGUGGGACGAGCAGUUGUGUAGAAUUCACAUAGAGAAAGAUAUUUUCCAUUCUCAGAUGAACGACAUUUUGUCGCUAAGGAGUCAAGUGAAACAACUGCAGAAUCUCGCUCAGCAGUUGGAACCAUUCGUAAAAUCCUUUUCAACCGGGGUUACCGCCGGUGAAGUGAACAUGGCAGCUUCCGACGCGGCAGGCAAUCAGGAUUUACAAGUAUUGCUGGAUCACUUAGCUCGUUUGCAAAUGCAGGAACCACCGCAGCAACCGCAGACCCAAGCGCCCACGAAGGAUCAUCGACAUCCGCGUAGCACUGCCACCAGCGCCGAUAACGCGCUUUAUAUGAAAGAAACGAAGGAGGUGCCAACGCGUUGUCGCACACCUUCCGGUAGUGUUGAAGCCGUUUUGGAUUCGAGUGGAAAUAUCGUCGUGUAUGGUACGGCCAAAUCUACCGACUCGAAGAGGGGAGUUCUCAGCCAACUGAUAGAGAGAGCCAGGACUAAAGAGGAUCGUAAGAAGUCACCUGGCAGAGAGGAAAGUCGCGAUCGCAGUCAGAGUCGACGAUCCAGGAAAUCUCCUGACGGCUCGAAACCGAAAACACCACCGGGGCACUCGUCGGCUAGCAAAGUACGUUCUCUGUACCGGUCUCUGAAGGGUGGCAGCGGCGACACAUCCGUCGAGGGACUCGAUCAGCCGGAAAGAUGCACAGACGCCCAGCAACCACAGUCACACAUGACUGCAGGUGAGGAAGGGGAGUAUCAACGAAUAUCGGAGGCCUCGAGCAUGGGAGAAGCCAAGAAGCGCGUGCAGGCUCAAGUGCACGCCGUUCCCGACGAGCAACCGAUCCCUGCCAGCAAGGGUGUGAAAGUGUAUCCUGCCAGCGAUUCAGAGGACGUGUUCUACGCGGACGAGAAAGCCUCGACGGAGGUGAGGAGGCGUCGACGAGCCAGCUGCGACAGCCUGAGUACUACUGGUUCCGGUAGCAGACGUUCGAGCAUCGUCGAUGGGACGGUAGGUCAAUCCGCGCAGGAUCCCAGGAAAACUCUGGUUGUUGUGAUCGGACCUACACCGAAGUCGUCGUCUCUGGUGCAGAAGCAGCGUUCCUGGGAAACGUUUCCGCGACUGAAGAGCAAACGCGGCAGUUCUGCGGCCAGCGAAGGAGCUGCCUCGUCACUUGGCCAGCUGAAGAAAGCAGACAGCUUCGAGGGACACGAGGAAGCGGUACGCACCUUGGUGGCAGCAGUACAGGAGACCAGGUCGCAUCUACGCCAUCAUCAUAUGCACCAACACCGUCAUCACCGGAAGAGCAAGACAAAUUAAAGUUGGUCUUGCUCGAGAUAAAUCAGGUAGCGCCGCGGCAAAAGUUCACAGAGUUUUUCCGCAGAGGUGUCCAGACCGGAUAAUCAACACGCAGAAGACCAGUUGUCUCCCCACCGCGUUUCAUUUCAUUCCAGUCAUCUAUGGCAAUGUUACUGUCAUAGGAACACGAAUUAAGUUUGCUUUUACUCAAUGUAGAGCACUGCUGAACCGUUUGAAAAAUUCCAAAAGCUUCGUCCAAAAAUGUGUAACUUUGUUAAUCAACAGAUGGAAAAGCAAGCGUCUCCAACGCGUUUUCUUUCUGUUGGAUCGACCAUUGUAAUAUUGUCACCUUCGCCAAAACAGCAAGAGUAACUAAACAUACUUUUGCUUUAAGCAGAGCCACGGUAAAGGUUCGCAAAUCUUCUUCGGAGAUGUCCAGCUCAAACUAUUCAUCGGGUAUCUCUUCGACGCGUUUUAGCUCUGUUUUGGUCACCGAUGACAAUACCGCCGUCUUCGCUGGAAUACCACCCAACUCACACUUUUUCGAUUCACCAGGUGUUUUUUCAACGCUUUUCGCCUUUAUUAGAUCACAAAUUGCAACGUCAUCAAAACAACAAGACUAACUACGUUCACUCCUUCUUUAACUAGAGGCUCGGUGAUGAUUUAAAGAAAUUUCUUCAAAGAUGUCCAGCCCAGGUAGUCGUCAAACAUCGUUCCAACACCUUAAUUUCUAUCGGAUUACGAAUUGGAAUAUUGUCAUCGUCAUCGCCAUCGAAACAACAAAAUAAACUCACGGUUGCUCGAGAAUCCUGACGAAGAGUGAUACGCCUUUCCACAGAAUUGUCUAACCUAAAUAUUCAACAGGCCAGAUAUCUCCCGAAGACGUUUUCCCUCGGUUGGAUCAUCGAUUGCAUCGCCUACGCUACUAAAAGAUCAAGAACUAAAUUUUCGUUUGAAGCAGAAUUGCGUUGAAAGUUCAAAGAAAGUUUCUUCAACGCGUUCAGUUUUUCUUUUUAUUGAGUCAUUAAUGCUUACGAGUAAGUUAGCAAUGAUAUUGAACUUGCGGGUACAAAGUUGUUACGCGAUGGUGCAAUUUACACAGCGUUUACAAGAGAUUUAGGCCAAGCUGCGUUUGGCUGUCCGGGAAGGAGUUGAAAAUCCUCAAAAUGCCUAGCAUACAUACAGGAAAGUAUUAUCGAGGGAUUAUAUCUUUCGAUCAGUAGUAUAUUGUUAUUAGUAGCGGAAUCUUAGUUGGAUUCUUUUUGAACAUUUUGAGUAUUUUAUUAGAGAGAUUUUAUUUAUACGAUACGAUGAUCCAAAGGGCAUUUCGCGUAAUAUACACGUAUCAAACGAACGUGAAUUUAGUCAUUCAUCAUCUCAGCUGCCGCUGAGAAGGCACCUUUUAACAUUAAUUUCACGAAGACUGUAACACCGUUUCUCGGAUUUCUGUUACUUGGUUCUGGACCAAAUUUUUAGCUAUUCAUGUCGUCUUACAAACUCAUUCUUGGAGGUUUCUACUCCCCUGUUUUGUGUCUGCCCGGAGCCGUUUCAGGUCAGGCGUCCGCUUUCAGCGUAGAACGCUUCUCCAUUUUUUAUUAAAUAGCUUUUUUAUUGCACUUGAAACGCCGAAGAUCGCAAUAUAUCGCUGCCAAUAGGAAAUUAAUACAUACGAGACGAUGAGAAAAGCGAGUACUUAUUUAUUGCCCGGUACUCUCCUUCUCUCGUUGUCGACCCUUGAGUGACCGUUUAUGCACUUAGACUCGAAUUAGGUUAGUAUCGAACACGUAAUCGUCAAUAAACUGUGCAUGCGUAAACACAGAGUCAUGGAUCUGAUUAUUGUGUAAAAUAAACGAAUGGAAACAAGUUUCCAAUGCUGCUCAAACCGCGCGUCUGCGUGAAAAGAACUUCGAGAAAGAUAAAAAUCGGACAAACGAAUUGAUUCGUUAUAAUUACGAUUUAUACAUAGUAACAUCUUCGAGAUAUAUAAUUUACACAUCGCGUAUACUUGACGUCGAACGAAUAACUCAGAGAGAAAGGGAGAGAGAGAAAGAGAGAAUGUUAGUUAGCGAACUUAAACACUGCCAGCUACAGUAUAUACUACGAAUUUAAACAAUGGUACUCUCUCACGAGAAAAAAUAGCCUAAUUAAAAACGUACUCAUAAUCGCCAAUCGCACGGGGAUCCAUCGUCCGCGAUAUUCCAACGAUUGCAUGUUCGUCUAACGUUAUAUGUAUGUACCUACUUGCAUCGCGGAAUAUAGACACGAUUUUUGCCAAGAAAUGUGAAGGUUCCUCGUGAAAAUUAAACGCGAUUGCUACCGUUCAUUUAAACGACUAAUGGAUCAUGAUCUUUGUAUGGAUCGUAAGGACGUUACAAUUAUAGCAAAUGUACACUAUUAAAUAUGUAUGAGAACUGUCAAGUUGCUGAUAAUAGAGAAAUAUACAUGUUACAAGGCUA